AUGGAGAAAAAAGACAACCAAUCCGUGGAGGAGGCUCUGGUGGGCCUGGGCCAGGUGGACUUCCACGAAUUGCACAUUGAAAAAUUCGGACUGACCAAACGAAAACUCACCGCUCGCCAUGUGCUGCUUAUGAUUAUAGGCCAGCUGAUCGGCACGGGGCUCUUUGUGGGUGUGAAGACGCCGUUGAUGACGUCGGGAUCGUUAUCGUUGUUUCUUGGUUUUUUCGUUUGGGCGGCCUCCAUGAUAUGGCCGUUGAUGUUGGCUACUGGAGAAAUGUGCUCGUAUCUUCCGGUUAGAGGAACGUUUUUGCAUUUUGCAGCCCGCUGGCUCGAUCCGGCUUUGGGCUUUGCCGUCACCAUGAUGUACUUGUACACGACGUUGAUGUUCAUUUGCGUGGAGGCGGUGGCUUUUGCUUCUGUGGCUGGAUACUGGACCGACCUCAAUCCUGCUGUGUUUGUUACCAUUUGCCUUGUGACGAUUCUCUUUUUCAACGUUUUCGGGGUCAACUGGUACGGCGAGGUCGAGUUCUGUCUGUCGAUGUUGAAGGUGCUUCUCAUUGUAGGGCUCAUGUUCUUUGGCCUCAUCACCAUGUGUGGAGGUAAUCCUCAAGGAGACGCCUAUGGGUUUCGAAACUGGAACGAGGGUGGGCUUUUCAAGGAGUACCUUGUUCCUGGAGCCACAGGGAAGUUUCUAGGUUUCUGGAACGUCAUGAUCUUUGCUGCUUUCUCAUGUGGUGGUCCCGAUAUGCUCGGUAUGAUAUCUGGUGAAAUUUCACAGCCACGGCAGAAUAUUGCUAUGGCUGCCAAAAGGACGUAUGUUCGGAUUUUCCUUUUCUACGUUGGAGGCAUCUUUUUCAUGAACAGCAUGUGUGCUUCCAAUAACCCUGACCUCAUUGCAGCCAGUGAAUCUGGAAAAGGCGGUGCUGCUGCUUCUCCCUGGGUGAUUGGUAUAAAAUCGGUGGGAGUUCACGGUCUUGAUUCUGUUGUGAAUGCUGUGGUUAUGACGUCAGCCUGGUCUUGUGGAAACGGUUUCACAUACGGUGCAGCUAGAUCUGCCUAUUCUGCUGCUUUGGCUGGUUACAUUCCAAAAGUGUUUUCAUACUGCCUCAAAAGCGGAUGUCCUAUAAUUGCAGUGCUUUUCGCCAUGGCUAUAGGGUGUCUUUCAUAUAUGACGUCUUCACAGGCUUCGGCUACUGUGCUUGACUGGUUCAUCAACUUAGCAACGACCGGUUUGCUCUGUACAUUUGCUGUCAUGUGGAUGUGCUACUUCAAGUUUAGGAAGGCGGUCAAAAAGCAAAAGUGUGAUUUUGAAGACCCCAAGUACUACAAGGUCAGCAGUCUUUUGCACCCAUACGUGACGUACUGGGCUGCAUUCCUCAACGGCAUUGUGCUUUUCUUUAACGGAUUCUGGAUCUUUUUUCCGGGCCAGUUCAGUGUGGCCAAUUUGUUCACAUCGUAUUUUGCUCCUGUGUUCUUUGUGGUCUUGUUUGUCUUCUGGAAGGUUUGGAAAAAGACCCAUUGGCGUACUGACGAGGAAGCAGAUAUUACUUCAGGGAAGGAGGAAAUUGAUGAUGAAGAGGAAGCUGAGGCACAGGAAUUGGCUUUGAAGCCUAGACGAGAAGGCAUUUUUUGGAGGGUUUGGUAUAAGUUUGCUGAUUUCUGUUUUAGUUAG